UAAACGCACGAUAAUCUAAACGCAUCGAAAGUGCAAGUCAAUCGAUAUUUUAAUAUUGGUAUUCUGCACAUGGCAUGGCAUGGUUUCUUCAUCUGACGCAGGCAGCCACUAGGGGCCGCUACAUUCACAGCCGGAGUAAUCGAUUCUCGAAUCGAAUAUCGAUUUAUAGAUCAUGAAAUCGACGCGAAAACGUAGUCCGCACUCUCGAUUUGAAGCUUGCCCCCACCCGAUGAAGGACGCUUGUGUUGCGCCCGAAACGUCGUGAUUUAUUUUAUUUUAUACCAACGUGACUUUACCGAAAGAACCAGAGUAUGAGAUCCGCACUGUUUACAUUUGGGCAAGACCAUUGGCCUUGACGAGGGAGGGGGGGGGUGUAUUCUGUAGCGAGUGGUCGCUACCACCUUCAUCACACGCUCAUUGCAUUCACCGAACACACACGCCUACUAUUAUAAAUAAUUUUAAAUAUGUGUAACUUUGUGGCAGUACUUAAAUCGUAAGAGAAGAGUGGUGUUUCUAUAAUAAUUGUUUAUGCACACCCCCUCGCCAAAUGCAGCCAAGAUGGGUUGCUCCUUUUCCGUCCCUAGCAACGGAGUGGAGCUGUUGCUAGGGGCGCCGUGUAGCUUCCGUGUGGGCUUGAAGGCAGAGCAAUACAAUGUCUAAAACUCCCAGAAAGAAAGAACUCUCGGCAAAAGGGAAUGCGCCCAGCCUUGGGCAACCUUCCAACAACAAGGAGACGACGUCCCAAGGUGGCACCGGCGCCGCCGGGGGUGUGGUGGAGGGGCGAGCGGGACGGUUCCCGCCCUGGCCAGAGUGGAGCGACGCGGAGGUCAACGCGGAGAAGUGGGAUGGACCGCGUGCUGGGGGCGGCAAGGAGAAGGGCAGGAGCCCCAGCCUGAAUUUCUUUGAGGACCCCGAAGGCAAGAUUGAGCUGCCCCCCUCGCUGAAGGUGCACGCUUGGAAGAGGCCCCAGGACUUCAUCACUGACCGCGUCCCAGUGGUGGUGGAGGAUGUGACGGGAUUUGAUCUGCUAACUCCCAACACACAUCUCCUGCACAGCGAGCUGAUGCGCAGCGUGAUCAGCGACGUCACGUCGCUUUGGCGUGCGACCCGAUCGGGCGGGGGUUCCGCGGCCGGCGAUCCCGCGGGGGGCUCAGGUGGCGGGGGGCACCCCGGUCAGCGGCCGUGGAACCCCUGGGAGCACGUCUACUCGCUCUGCAAGGCCGGCCGGGCGCCGCACGUGCCGCAGUUCAACGGCUACGGGAAGUACGUCGUGCGUCUCUACUGGAUGGGCUGCUGGCGCCGCGUGACGGUGGACGACACGGUCCCGUUUGACGAGGCCCACCGCGCGCUGCUGCCCGCGUGCACCGGGCCCGCCGAGCUGUGGCCCGUGCUGCUCACCAAGGCCAUCGUCAAGCUCGCCAGCGUGCACUGUGUGGGGCGGAGUGGCCACGGCGAGCUGGGAGAGUUCACGGUGCUGCACUGCCUCACCGGCUGGAUCCCUGAAGUCAUCCCUCUACGGGCAGCCCACGCUGCCCGCGUUUGGGGCCUUCUGCGGGAGCUGCUGCCCGAAUUUCGCCUGCCCCCGGAGGACGGAGUGGGGGCUCGCCCAGAGGAGCACGCGACCCCGGGGGUCCCGGCGGAGCCGGCGAUCGAAGAGCCCCCGCCGGCCGCGGCGGCGGAUCCCGGUCCCCCCAACCCCACGGCCGAGCCCCCCGCGAUGGCGCACGGCAAGGACUGCAGGAAGGAGGCGCCCCCCAAGGCCGCCGAGCGUGGGACGCCAGCCGGUGACCCGGUGCUCGCUGUCGCUUCCGCAGACAGGACGGAUGGGAAGGAGGGCGGCCGACGGAAAGGGAAGGACGUGGAGAAGGAAAAGAGGAGGGCUGCACCUUCGGAAUCUGUGUCGCCAGUUGUCGAAGAGAGAUCGAGCGCUAACUUUCCCACGUUGCCCGACAAGCCGGAGGUGGUGGUGUUCGCGAGCUACAGGUGUCCAGCCAGCGCCAGCGAAAGUUUCUCUGUGCUGGGCAGGAUGCAGGCGGACGCGGCCCAGAAGCUGCGGGAGGCCGGCCUCUCCCCCGUGUGCCCGCACCUCCUCCACGUGAGCCGCACUCGCAGCUCCCCGCUCGUGCCGCCCCCGCGUUCGCCACCCGUGCCGCCCUGGAAGCUCGUGCGGCCACGCAAGAGCAAGCCCCUGCCACGUGACGAGCCCGAAGAGCCGGAGGUGAAGAGAGCCGAGCAGUUUGUGGAGAUCUCCUCGCCCUUCCUGGACCAGCGGCUGAGUUGCAUCCCCUCCGCUCCAGGCUUCAUCGUCGAGGCGGAGGAGCAGGGUGAAGAGUCGCAGAAGCGUCCGGCGGAACCCGCGGCAGAGAACCCCUCGGAUGCUCCACGUCCCCCUCCACCGGAGCCUCACCCUCCCGAGCGCGAGCCCAGCCCCGUGGUGGCAGGUCCCGGUGAGAGCCCAGUGCCGCAGGGCACCGUGGACGGGAGAGGGGAAGCCCGGCCUGCUGAUGAGACCCAAGCAACCAGAGACCCAAGGGACAAGAGCGACACGUGGAUUCACUUUGAGGACUUCUGCACGGCCUUUCAGUCCCUACUCGUCUACCACAAGCCCCACACCUACGCGUUCAACCACGACACAGGCGACAUGAAGAACGCCGCCGCCGCCGCCGCCGCCGCCGCUGCCGGAGGGAAAGCGGCGACCUCUUCCACCGCCAGCCUCUCCGCCACCAUCGCCAAGGCCCCACAGGCUGGGGUAGAGGAGAGAGCCCCACUCUACCUGUUGAUGGACAGCGUGGGCCCGAGUCAGCUGAUCGUCUGCCUCUCCGUUCUGCCCCGCUGGGGAGCGUUUGGCUGGCAUGAAUCGCGGAAAGACGACGCGGAGGCCGGUGGGAGCGCGGGGCCCGGUUCGCUGGUGGCCAGUCACCACUCGUGGACUCAGCCGGUGAAGUACGGUUCGGCCGCCCUGAGAAUCCACACCUCCGCCAGCAAGGCCAUGGCUCUCUGCCUGCCGCCCGGGAGGCACGUGCUGUGUCUGCGCGUGAUGGCGCCGCACGGGCUGCACCUGCACGCAUGCAGCUCCACGCGCUUCCUGCUCGGAGACGAGGACUCCGUGCUGCCACACCUCGCCAAGGAGAGCUGCCGCUUCACGGAGCACGCGCUGGGCACCAUGCGGGCCCUCGGGGGAGUCGCGCACGGCUGGGCUCAGGGACCCGCUCCCCAGCCGCCCCUGACGCCCCACGGGCUGCUGGGAAUAGACACGGCGGGGGCGAGCGUGCCCGGCGAGAGGAGCGCGCUGCGGCAGAUCGUCACGCGGAGCCUGUGUCACGUGCUGGCCAGCGCCCUGUCCGGAGCGGUGCCCUCUGACCUUCCGUUUGCCCUCCACGCCCUCACAGGCGACCUCAGCCUCCCUGGCCUCACCACCGGCACAGCCCCAGAAGGCAGGGCGGGGGUGCCGCCCGAGACGUGGGGGGGGGGCCCGCGUAGUGACCAGCGAGGAGGCGGCGGCGGCGGCGGUCAGAGUGCAGGCGCUGUGGAGGGGCCACUACGCGCGGCGCUUGUGCAACGCUCGCAAGCCAGGCACGGCGGAGUCCGCCACCGUCAAGGGGACGCUGGGCCGCGUGUGGGCGCUGCUUGAGCCGGGCGCGGAGCGGCACGGCGCCGCCCUGCUCCGGCACGUGCUGAUGCAAGACGCUCGACUGCUGGGGCGCUUCCCGUUCGCCGCCGACGAGGGGAGCCGCGCGACGUUCGCCGACUACUCG